AUAGCUCGUAUUGGCAGGACAUGUUGCGGAUUUUGCGAUCCGUACAACUUUACAGCCUGCUGAGACUCAGAGAAGAGUUGUUACCUCAAUCACACUUAAUGAAAGUGUAGUGCCGACGUAAGAAAAUAAUCUAAAGUCUCUGCUAUGCUAUCUACAUUCAGUGAGACAAUGCUCUCGUAAACUUACACAACGCAAAGUUGACAAAAGUAAACAGUGAGCUAUUAGCCAGUCUCCGAUUCCUACAGAGCAUUAGUUACUCCGUUUAUAACAGGGAUAAUGUGCAUUUUAUUCCUUCACACUCGGACCUCCUCAACAGCUGGCCGUUUUCGCCUUAUUCUGGCUGCAAACCGUGAUGAGUACUACAUACGCCCAGCUCUGCCUAUUCACUUCUGGAAAGAAGAUGAGACUGUAAUAGGAGGUCGUGACUUGGAACCUGGUAAAGAGGGAGGCGCAUGGCUUGCUCUUUCAGCAAAGAAUGGAAAACUUGGUGCGUUACUCAAUAUCAUGAUGCCAGGCGGCAAGCAUCCUCCACAUCUAUUAGGAAGAGGUAGUCUUCUUGCCAAUUUUGUGCGUAAUAAUGUUUCCUGCAGCAAAUAUCUGCAAGAAGUGGCAGGGAAUGGUGCAAAUUAUCGCCCUUUCAAUCUUCUCACAUUACACUUGAGGAAAAAUGAUGCUGACAUGUAUGUGUAUUCAAAUGUUGGUAAUCAAGGUGAACCCAUUAAAAUAACUGAAAACUGCUUUGGAAUCAGUAACAGUGAGUUCAAUACUCCAUUCCUCAAAGUGACAGCAGGCACCGAAAGAUUUAAACAAAUUGUCCAGAACUAUGGUGAUAUAACAAACAAGGAUUCCCUAAUAAAUGAACUGCACACUUUUCUACAGUGGAAGGAAAGUCAUUUUCCUGACCCUGUACUCACUGAACGUGCCCCUCAAGUGACACCAGAGUUUCUAUUGCCACUAAGCUCAGUAUUCGUAAAUAAUAUGAACCGUUCAUAUGGAACAAGAGCACACAGUAUAAUUCUUAUGGAUGAUGAAGGACAUACUGACUUUUACGAGUGGUCAAUGAAAUGCCCUAUUGAGGCUACCAAUCCUGUUUGGGAAUACAAUCAUCUAACAUGUCAAGUACAGUUGCAGUAAAUAGGAAAUAAAUAGAUACUUUUAUUAUUA